AUGACUAUCAUUUUUUCUUUUUCUCUGUUUUUCUUGAUAGCUGGGCCUUAUAUGGUUCCAGAAGGUUUCACUAUGGAGAUUGUUGGGGGGAAAGAAGUACCUCCUCACUCCAGACCUUUUAUGGCUUCCAUCCAAACUGAAGGCAAUCACGUUUGUGGAGGAGUCCUGAUCCACCCACAGUGGGUGCUGACCGCAGCCCACUGCGGCUUUUUGUUUGACAAAGGCCAGUCUGCUACUGUGGUUUUAGGAGCACAUUCUCUCUCAAAGAAUGAGCACUCCAAACAAAUGUUUGCAAUUAAACAACUUAUACUAUUCUCAAAAUCUGAAUCAGAUGAUAUCAUGCUGGUAAAGCUUCACGCAGCUGCAAAACUCAACAAGUAUGUCCAGCUGCUCCACCCAAGAUCCAAAAACUAUAUCCGAGAUGGAACCAAAUGCCAGGUUACUGGCUGGGGAGCCACCAGCCCAGAUGUUUUAAACAACUCUGAUACCCUACAAGAAGUCACUGUUACCAUCAUAAGUCGAAAACGUUGCAACAGCCAAAGUUAUUACAACCACAGACCUACUAUAACAAAAGACAUGAUAUGUGCAGGAGAUGCCAGAGGCUGGAAGGAUUCCUGCAAGGGUGACUCAGGUGGCCCUUUGAUCUGUAAAGGUGUCUUCCAUGCUAUAGUCUCUAGAGGAGAUAAAUGUGGUGUUGCUAAGAAGCCUGGAAUCUAUACCCUGUUAACCAAGAAAUACCAGGAUUGGAUCAAAAGCAAUCUUCCCUUACCUCAUGCAUAUUAAGACUGCAAAUCAUUUUCUUGGAUCUGUCAGUUUUCUGU